AUGUCUCAUAAGGGCAGUGCGGCCACAAACACCUGGCAUCUCGGUUGCUUCUGGCCAUCUACCAACGCAAUCGCUAAGACUGCUGUACCGAGACCGCCCAGUAUGAGCGAAAAAGUUACAGCCGUCGCUCCCAUUCCAGAGACAGACCAACCACUCAACACACCGCCAAACUCCAUCUUCACCCGCAGCGAAAAACGUUGGAUCGUCUUCCUCGUCGCAUACGCAGGCCUCUUCUCCCCUCUCAGCAGCUUCAUCUACUAUCCCGCACUGUUCAAUCUCGCCCAGGACCUAAACGUCACCCUCACGAUGGCCAAUCUGUCGAUCACGACCUACAUGCUUGUAUCUGGGAUAGCGCCUUCCCUACUGCGUGAUAUGGCUGAUACCAUGGGUCGUCGGCUGCUGUUUCUGUUUGCGAUAUUUACGUAUACUGUUGCUAAUGUGGCGUUGGCGGUUCAGAGGAGUUGUCCGGCGUUGCUAGUGUUGAGGACGGUGCAGAGUGCGGGUUCGGGCGGUGGGUUUAUGGGAGGGGCAUACUCGUCCAAUACGCCGGAUGACCCUGGAUCUUCUGGACCCUUGCAACACUAUCCAGCAUCAACUUCUGUGUACUCGCUAUCACACUACCUGAAACCGCUCGCAAGAUCGUCGGAAGCGGAUCUGUCAUGCCUACACGCCUCAUGA